AUGACACCAUCAAUAAUUUCAAGAAGUUCAAAUAUAGACUACAAGUCAGCUACAUCGACUCCACCUAUAUUUCGCAAGUCUAAAUUAGGUCUGACUUCAAUUACUCCCGAUUCAGCAUCAGCAAUAGAUAACAAGAGUCUAGCUAGUGACAAUACUUCAUUAUACACAGUCCCAUCAAAAACUACUAUUGCAACCACCCAAUUUUCAGAUAAGGAGGAUCCUACACUCAAUUUACCAUCUGAUUUGAGUGAUAAUUUAGCAUUCAAUUUACAAACAGCUUAUCAAUUGUCUCAACAAGAAACAAAUAUGUCUACCGAGCAAUAUGAUUUAGAAGCUCCUGAUCGAUAUCGUAUCAAACUACAGUUUACCAAUCGUGAGAUUGAAAUGUUAAGAUACACAUGGAACAAGAUGCUAUUAGAAGAAAAUAAAUCAUCUCGCAAUAUGCCAGGUGGGUUUAAUGGUAAUAAUGAUGGAGUCAAAAGAGAGUCUGCCAAGGGUCUGACGACGACUCCACGACAAACAACAACAUCGCUGAUGGCAUCAUCAUUAUUUUGCCGUCAAUUAUAUUCCAAUCUAUUAACCCUUGCACCAGAAUUGGAGAUUUUAUGGCCAUCACUUAGACAUCAAGCUGUAAGCUUUGCUCAGGUUAUGCAAAUGACCAUUGCAAAUUUGGAAGACUUGUCAGUAUUGGAUUCAUUUUUUGAGAAGUUGGGUAAAAGUCACGCAAGAAUUUUCGGUAUUGAACCUCCAGCAUAUGAAAUUAUGGGUGAAGCAUUGAUACAAACAUUUAAUGAACGAUUUGGGUCUAGAUUCACCAUUGAAUUGGAAGUGUUGUGGAUCAAAUUGUUUUUGUACAUGGCCAACUCCAUCUUACAAUUUGGAUUAGAUCCAGUACUUCGAUUACAAAGAACUGAAAGUAGACAAUCUUCAGUGUCAAAUGUCAAUCAAUCAAAUUCAUCAUCUAGUAUAUUAGCAGCUGAUGCUGAUAUCAAUUCAGUAUUCGAAAAGAAAUCCGUAACAACUAAUGCAACUUCUGUAAUGGAUGAAUUGCCACAACCUCCUAAAAUUGAUACUAAGAAUAAGAGUCGGUUUUCGAAUCAUCGUGGAAGUAUUAGUUACAAUGGUGACAUAGGAUCGGUACUGGAGAAAAAACUGAAACAAGCAGAUGCCCCACAUCCCAAAAAGGUAGGCAAAUUGGGUAGGUUGAAGAAGAAAGGAGAUUGUGUGAUUAUGUAG